UACAGAGUCCAGGGCAGUGAUGACAGGUGUAGAUGUUAUACAGAGUCCAGGGCAGUGAUGAUAGGUGUAGAUGUUUGUUAUACAGAGUCCAGGGCAGUGAGGACAGGUGUAGUGCAGUCUCCCUCUCCUCCCCAUUAUCACUCUGGACCCUCCCAGGCUCCAGCAGCAUCACCGGUCCCCGUUGCCAUGGUGACAAUCUAGUAUAAAACUCCGGGGCUCGGGCAGCCCCGGGACUCACAGCGGGGAUCGCGGAGGUCACAUCACCGGGACAGCUCAGCUCUCACCCGAGGAUGCUCCGUCCCCGGGACCUCCGGCGCAGCUCGGGCACACGGACCUUCCUGGACGCUAUGCACGGCGGUAAGGUGCACCUGGCCCGCUUCGUCCUAGACGCCCUGGACCGGAGGAUCGUGAACUCUCCGGCGGGGGAGCAGGGUCGCACCCCGCUCAUGUUCGCCGUGUGCCUGCGGGAAGCCGAGCUCCGGUCCCGCUUCGUGCGGCUGCUGCUGGACAAGGGCGCGGAUGUGAACGGGAGGGACGAGUCGGGGCGCACGGCGCUGAGCCUGGCCUGUGAGCUCGGACACCUGGAUGCCGUGAAGCUGCUGGUCCAGCACAGUGCGGACCCCGAGAUCCCGGACCGCAACGGGAACCGAGCGCUGAUGUACGCGGCGUCCUGCGGCCACAGUGCGGAGCUCCUCUUCCUGCUCCGCUCCUACAAGCGCUUCGGGCUCCGCCUGGACGCCACCAACCGGGCGGGAAUAUCGGCUCUGGACGCCGCCCGGGUGUCCGGUCACUGGGAGUGUGAGAGAGCCCUGAGGGGACGGAGCCCGGACUCCAGGAACGGGGAGAACACCGCCCGCAGCCCCAAGCCGCUGUCCCGCCAGAUGCUGGAGCGCUUCUCCCGGCCCUUCUCCCACCGCAGGGGCCAGGACGAGGAGGACAACAGCCGGGGAAUCCUCGUCCGCUCCGCCAGCUGUGUCCCCGCCCACACGGAAGACAAAGCCCUACCGGAGAAGGAAACCCUUCGGAUCCCCGAGCCCGGGAUCCAGCGAGCGCACAGCUGGGACGGCUCCUGCCCCGGUGAGGAGACACAGUGCAGCCGCCUGCUCCGCCGGGUCACCUCACCGGACUUCUGCCAAGGACUGCGCCGGGGACUGUCCGGGGAUAACCUGCCCUGUUUUACAGGAGACUUAAGGCGGGAGAGAAGGGACAGUGUCUGCAGCCGGAGCCAGCUCUUACCGACCAGCAGCUGGCAGGCCUUGGCAUUGUGACCCAGGAG